AAUAACCUGUGCUGAGUAGUGUAAUAUUUGCUAAAGUGGUCUUAUAACCGCUAACACUACCAAAUUUUAAUCUUUUCUGCUGUUUUUUAUGUGAAAAUGUCUGAAUAUUGGUUGAUCUCUGUUCCAGGAGACACCAAAGAUUGUCAACCUUCUUGGGAUGAAUUAAAAUUACAAAUUUCACCUCUUAGCAGUUUUUGGAAAUUUCAUAUUCCAACCGAUUUAAAGGUUGGUACAUUGGACAUCCUCAUUGGUUUGUCAGAUGAGUUGCAAAAGUUGGAUAUUUUUGUUGAAGGAAUCAUGAAAAAAGUCGCUAGUUAUAUGGCAGAAAUUGCAAUGGAGAGUGAUAGUGGGAAUUCACCUAAACUCAAAGCCAAUGGAUGUGAACUAAACCAAUAUGUGACUAACUUUCAAUGGGAUGCUGCAAAAUAUCCUUUGACUGAAAGAACCACACUUCGUAGCAUUUCUGAGAUAAUUGGCAAGCAAGUAAGUCAGAUUGACAAUGAUCUGAAAGCAAAAGCCACAGCCUACAAUGCUAUAAAAACAACAUUGGUCAGCUUGGAGCGGAAAUCUACUGGUCCACUUCUCACACGAAAUCUUGGUGAUCUUGUAAAGAGAGAGAAUUUUAUUUUAGAUUCAGAAUAUCUGACAACCCUAUUGGUCAUUGUUCCAUGCAACCUAGAAGAUGAUUGGAAGAAAAAAUAUUGGACACUAUGUGACAUGGUUGUUCCAAAUUCUAGUGAGAAACUCUAUACUGAUGGUGACUAUGCUUUGUAUAACGUUUGCUUGUUUCAAAGAGUCGUUGAUGAAUUCAAAAAACACGCAAGGGAAAAUAAAUUUAUUGUUCGAGAAUUUGUCUACAGCGAAGAAGCGCUUGUGGCUGGCCAAAAUGAGUUAAAUAAACUGGAGUCGGAUAAAAAAAAGCAAUUGGGUCCGCUCAAAAAAUGGCUCCAUGUGAACUUUGGCGAGGCAUUUACAGCAUGGAUUCACGUUAAGGCCUUAAGAGUUUUUGUAGAAUCUGUCCUACGGUAUGGUUUACCUGUCAAUUUCAAUGCCAUGAUUCUCAACCCUCAAAGAAAGGCCAAAAAGUUACGAGAACUUCUCUAUGGAUUUUAUUCGCAUUUGGAUAAUCAAAUGAAAGAUUCAUCAAAUGAUAAUGUAGACAUUCCUGGUCUAGUUCUUGGACCCAAAGAAUACUAUCCUUACGUCUGGUUUCAAUUAAAAACCAAUGUUUUGGAAAGGUGAAAGUGUGUUUCUUACCUUAUUAAAUGACCAGACGUCCGUGGUAAGUAUGGAGAAAGUUCAACUUGUCGUGAUUGGAAAUUUAAAAUGAUUUUUGGAAACAAAUGGCAAUAUACGGGGACUUUCAAUAAGUUAUACAAACUAUUCAUAAUAUGAACGCAAUUUUGACGUAUUUUAAAAUCCGAUAGAUAUUCGCCAAUUGGAAAAUAAUUUUUAAUUAAAUAUUAAACCAAAUAAUUGUUGGUUGACCAUGCUCAAGCAACAGGUCAUAAAAAGCAAAA